AUGGCGACCGACGAAGGAUUACAGAAGACACCAAUACAGUAUUUUUGUGGAUUUUCUAAGUUUUUUCAAUUUGAGACAAAAGAAGACAAACUUUUAUGUUAUCAUAAAUUUAAGGGGAAGUCUAUUCUGCAAAACUCAGUAUCUUGUCUUCAUCCAAUACAAAUAAAUAACAUUCUUAAUGGUAAAAUUUCUAAAAUAGCUUGCGUGACUUGGUCGACUAUGUUCAUUAGCGUUAGAACGGAAGCAAACACAAAAGAAGUCGAAAUAAGAGGAUGGUGGGAUGGAAGGAUAGUUAAUGCAAAGAGUAUGUCUCUUCCAAACAUUUCUAUGCUAAAAGCAACGUGGCAAAGAGCUCUUAUCAUCACGGAUAAUGGUCUUUGUCACAGUUUGUUCAAUGACAACCACCACGAUAUCAAGAUUAUUAAUGAUGAACCUGAGAUCAAAUUCAAAACUUGUGAUAUUGGUGACUUGCAUGCAGUUCUCCUUGAUGAAAAUGGGAAAGUUUAUUCAGUGAAAGAGGAAAAAAAGCCGUCAAAAACAAAUGAUAAUACCUCAGCAACAGUAGAAAAACUUAAGCUUUUUCCUGUACUUUUGCAAGUAAAAAUAGACACUGUCAGCUGUGGAAAGGAACAUGUAUUAUUGUUAAGUGAUGACCUUCAUCGUGUUUACAGUUUUGGUCUUGGUAGUCGAGGGCAACUUGGACAUGGCUGUGUUGAUAUGCAAACUACGCCCUUACUAGUUGAGGCACUUACUGGCAUUACUAUUAUUCAGGUGUCAGCUGGCGGGUGGCACUCAGUGGCUCUAAGUGAUAUUGGGGAUGUAUAUACAUGGGGAUGGAACAACCAUGGUCAGUUAGGGAUAACAUGCCAACCCCCAGAGGUUCCUAGUGCAUUUUACACAUUACCAUAUCCUGUUGAUUUUUGUAUUGAAUGCAAUGUUGACUAUGUGGCAUGUGGAUCAAUGCAUACUGUUGCCUUGACAACCAAACCACGUUGUAUAUGGACAUGGGGAUGGGGAGAAUAUGGUCAACUGGGGCAUGGGGAGAAGUGCGAUAAAGUUACUCCUACUAAGUUGGAAUAUUUUGAUCAGAUUGAUGGAGAAAUAGUUAAUGUUAUGUGUGGGCCAUGGCAAACUAUCGUCACUGUGGAAAUUAAAGAAGAAGCAAAGACUUCAUGAAGAAUUUCCAUUGAUGAAUGAUUAAAAGAUGCUUUCAAUUAUUUAGCAUAUUUGAUGUAAAAGAAGAUUGGUGUACUUAUUGUUUCACUUAUAGUUUACGCAUGUGAAAAUUGAAUUUUAUAAG